AUGUGUUUGCAGCCUCGGGCGCCUGGAGAAGGGUCAUUUUGUUGUCCGAGGGGAACUGCGGGCCCUGAGCCGGGCGGGAGGCGCCUGCCCCGGGGAGGAAACUGCGGUGGCUUCGGCCGAGGUGAGGAGGAGGAGGAGGAAGAGGAGGAGGAGGAGGGCAACCGAGCCAGCUCAGCAGCUGGAGUGGGAUUUCCGCCUGCCCGUGGCACGGGAGGCAUCGUCUGGAGGCACAGAGCUUUUGGCCUAACACAGCACUCCCACUCCACAGGUGCCAUCUCUUCCUUGCAAAGACAACUGGAGAUCCAAGAAUCUGAGCUUCGGAGAUUCAGAUACGAGAACGAAAUGCUUCAGAAGCAGCUCAGAGAGCGAGAAGAGCAGCUCCAAGCCAUGUCUGACAAGUUUUGCAGCCUUACAGAGGAACAGAGGAAGGAAGAAGCAAUAGUGAUGAUGGAGGAGGAGAACAACAGCCUUCGACAGGUUGUUACAGACCAGGAAUCCCAGCUGGCUAAGCAGGAGGAGCAGAUCAGUGAGUUAGAGGGGACAAUCAGACGGCUCCGGAUCGAGGUUGUGACCAGCCGCCGCCACGCCCAGGAGCAGAAACAGGCCCAGGAGGAGACCAAGAGCCAGGUUGAGGCACUGCAGCACAAGGAGGUGCAAACCAAAGUGGCACUGGAACGCAUCAGCAGCAAGUUUGACAGGUUAAGAAGCAAAAUAAUCCAGGCUGCGUUCAGUGUGGAGGGCCAGGACCCCCCCCACGCCGAGCUCACGGAGGAGCAGGUGCUGGAGGCACUGCAGAGAAUUGCUGACGAGCGGGUGGAGUUCUAUCACAUGCUGAAGCACAGAGACAUCAAGGUGCCCCUGUACUACCCUGGCAUGUACAGUUCAUCACCUCCCAAGAGGAAGAGUUCUCCCCGAAUGGAAAAGCUGCCCUGAUGGCUGAGCCAGAAACCACCACCAACUUCAAGCUCUGGGUCCUUGGCUCUGAGCUGGUGACCUACAACAGAUUAAACUCAUUUUACUGAAAUCAAGUUCUGCAGGAGUACCUGAUUCAAUUGUUUCGGCCGACUCAGAGCACAGGUUGCUGUGAGUCCUUGGUCUGUAGAAACUUGACU